CCUUGCCUCACGACCGCGAACGAUUGAAAUCCCGACUAGUAUUCACCAGUUACUACGCCACGACUCACCUCUCACAGCCCUUUGAUUUUGUCAGUCUUGACUGCAGUCUUUAACAUGGCUCACUUACCAUCGAGCUUUGCCUCUGCCGCCGCCGGCCAAAAUCGAGACUCGAGAACCAUCGGUCGAAGUGACUCUGGCCGUGGAUCUGGAAGCAAUGAAUGGCCGCGUUCCAACGGCACCAGAACGUUUCGCCGAGCAUCAACCACGCCUUUCAAUCCAUCUGCCACAGCUAGUCCAGCCGACGCGCCACAGAGUACGAGCACCGACAUCCCUUCCUCGUCCGCAAUGCCUCAGACAGCUAGUCUCGACUCCCCUGGGGAUCUGCGCUACACCAGGGAGGAGUUGUUGGACAUAUACAAGAACCAUGUUGAGUCAUCUGAAGUCAGCACAUCCGGCCUCUUUAUGCCGAACUGGAACCCGGCGCACGUAAAUGGGAGUCACCCCCGAGCAUGGGGCAAAAGUACGGACUCUCCUCAUGUGCCACAGGACCCGAGCGUUUGUUGGGAUGCGAAUGGCACGGUGAAACCGAUUAGCUUGGAGGAUAUGUCGCCGGAGGAGCGCGAGAUGUUCGCUACCGAUGUCAACUCCACUCUGAAACCGCCUCAGCAGAACAAGGAAGGGAAUCAUCCUGGGGGCGGCGGGGUUAACGGACGGAAGACUUCCAUUAGCAUUGGUAGUACCGCCAAUUAUCCCGCCUCAUCGCCGUCGACUACCUCCCGUCCGGGCACUCGCCGGCGGGAGACUACAGACACGAACCCGUUUUCGGGCGCCGCCAUGUCCUCUCCGACAGCAACUAGGUUUGCCCGCGACGAGCCUUGGGUUCCUCGCAAGAGCACUGAGCUUAAGGAGUCCAUAUCCGACGAGCCGGAGGAGGACACUCAGGCCCGUGAUACGCCUUCCCGCACCCAGCCCUUUACAUUGCCGCGCAGCAACACCACUGGCACCUCUGGGUUUGGAAGUCAAAGCUCGCUUUGGGGCACUGGUCCCACCGCCGUGUCGAGUGGUAUUGGCGGCUUUGGAAAUUUUGCGUUGCCCACUCCACCAAUUGGUGACAAGCGGUUCGGUACCGGAAGCCGCCUCGCCCACUUGAUCCCGAAGGAUUCGACUGACAACGCGGGCGCCAAACCUAGCGAUGCUCCUAGCUGGCGUCCUCGUCAGCGGACCGAUACAGACCCUUUUGCCACUGACGACGGUCCUUCAGGAAGCGCCGUCCUGGGCGGGGCCCACGACAAUAGCCCGCCGUCUGCUUCUGCGCAGCAUCAGCGCGGGGGCGUGUUCGAUACCCCGAUCAAGGGUAGUGCCGGUGACUUUGGGAUGGCCGGUCUAAACCUAGGCGGCCAAGGUGAUGCCAACGGUCCGACGAGCCCAUCUGAGACCAACCCUUAUCGCAGCCCCCUGGCUGAGCGCGGCGAGGAGGGCCAUGACGACCCUGAACCAGAUCGGCUAGGUCACCCUGGUCCGGGUACUGAGCAGCAAUCGAAUUUCAACACGCUCCCCCGGUCGUUCGGCGCCACAGCGUUUGAUGGCAGUGAUCGGAGCCAGACAUCUAGCGUCGGAGCCAAGGGCUUUUCUUCAGUGAACCCCCUGUCGGGCUGGCCAGCUGGUCCGUCGGUCGGUACGCCGGAUCGCGAACGGGCCGCAUUUCAGAACGCCUUUGGAGGCAGCAUCUUUAGCCCUUUGACCGAUCUCCCGUCGCCAAGCCUCACUGGAUUGGGCGGUAUGUUUGGGGCUCCUAGUGGGUCUAGGUUGGGCCGUGGCAGCAAGCUUGAGUCUCUUUUCCCUCCGGCCAUGCAGGCUCAGAUGCAUGGGCACGACCAAGACAGCCUCCACGACUCGAUGCCUGAUCUCCGACAGGCCAACCCCCUGGGCGCUAUCGGUCGUAGCGCGAUUGGCUUGCAGCCGCGCGACACGGGCAGCCCGAUAAGGUCCGGCAGGGGCGGUUUUGAAGAUCUCUUCCCGGCCACCGAAUCCACCCGAUCUCCUUUCUCGACCGCCGAGCAAACUCAGCCUGGUCUAACGACGACGGCCCAGGCUCAAUCUUUCCCAGCAACCGCUGGCGUUUCGUCGUUUCCAUCCGCACAGUCUGCCGCAGAUCCACCCGUUAGGACCAUGGUGAUGCCCGAUAGAAUGCGGUGGGUUUAUCUGGAUCCUCAAGGUACAGUGCAGGGACCAUUCAGCGGAUUGGAGAUGAACGAUUGGUAUAAGGCACAGUUCUUUACUGCCGACCUCCGCGUGAAACGUCUUGAGGACCCCGACUUCGAGCCCCUCGGCCAGCUCAUCAGGCGCAUCGGCAAUUCUAGGGAACCCUUUCUCGUACCUCAGAUGGGUAUUCCGCAUGGCCCGCCUCCCGCCACGGGCCCUUUCGCUGGGAGCUCGUCCGAAGCUGUCCCACCGCUGCAGAACGCAUUUCCGUCUUUUGGACGGACCCUUACCGCUCAGCAGCAGAAUGACCUGGAACGUAGGAAGCAAGAGGAGCAGAUGUUCCACGCCAGGCAGCGCGAGCUUGCACAACAUCACCACCAGGCUUUCGGCCGCCCCGCGCCGAUUCAGCCGGGCGUACCAGGCGCCCUGCAUCACCACUCCAGCGCGCACAGUCUCCAAAGCCAGCCUAGCUUUGGAAACAUCACAUCUCCAAUUGGGAUGGCUGCUCAGCAUCCCAUCGCGCCGAUCGGACCCGCUGCGGGAUUCUUUGAUGUGGCGGCGAGCAUCCCGCACGGGCCUACUCAGGCGCCCAUCGGGGCUCCAACGGACCUCUUUGCCCCCGAUCUGAACUUCAGCGAGCGCCAGAUGCUUGCAAGCAUGCAAGCGACUGGUAGUCUACCGGCAAUUUUUCCCGGUUCACAAGCCGUCGGGGGCCCCGCAGGUGACGGCGGGUUGCGCAGUCAGCUUCCCGGAGUCGAUCAACUACAAAAGGACCCGCAGGGCUUCAGCGAGAGACUCAAGGAGUUUCAGGAGCUGCGCGCCCAGUUCGAUGCCGAAGAGGCCGCUUUGAAUGCCGACCAAAAGGUUCCCGGCCAUUCCGACGUGCAGCAAUCUGCUGAGGGCUCGCAAACUGGUGGCCUCUCGGCCCCCACAACGACGGGAAUUGCCACAGCAAAGGCUCAGGCACCUGCUCCUGAGUCUGGUUUCGCGAAGAAGACGGCUGCGCAAGCUCAGGCCCAGUCGGAGCUCUCUCUUAGUGAUAAGGUGCGCAAAACGCAGGCCGACAAUGCAAAGUCGUCGCAGUCGUCUGCUUCUGACCUCCCCAUGCCCUUCCCUCCUCCGCAGGCCACGCCACUUGCGGCCCCUACUGCCCAGCGUCCUGCGUCGAAUCUGCCGGCGAGGUAUGGCGAGCGCUCCGCAUCCGGCACGCCGGAUACCACCUCAGAUGCGGCUGCGCUGGCCCCGCCCCCGACGGCACCUUGGGCUGGUACAGAGACGCAAAAGGGCCCGAGCCUCAAGGAAAUCCAGGAGAUGGAGGCAAAGAAAGCCGCUGAGAAGGAGGAGGCGGCCGCGGCAGCCAGAAGGGCUGCUUUGGAGCAGGAAGCUGCAGCCAUCCGCGAGCGCGAGAAGGCGGCCGCUGCUGCCAUUACUGGCCUUCCACCUACCAGCACUUGGGGCACUGGUUCGCCUGUUGGCGCACCCGCUGGCAGCCCGUGGAAGCAACCCAUUGCCGUAAAAACUGGGGUUGCUGCUGGCCCUGCUGGUUCCAAGAAGACGCUGGCCGACAUCCAAAGAGAGGAAGAAUUGCGUAAGCAGAAGGCCAGAGAAGCAGCGCAGGCCAGCACGCCGUCCGCGUCUGCUGUGGGCAAGCGCUAUGCGGACCUGGCAGGCAAAGGCUCAGCGCCUCCUGGGCUUCCAACGGUUUCCGCUGUGUCCCAAGCCGGCCAGGGUGGCGGAUGGUCGACGGUUGGAGCGGGCGGCAAGGUGAAGAUUCCAACGGGGCCCGCGGUGCAAAACCGCUCUGCUAGCGCGAGCAAUAUGAAGCCCACGCCCGCACCCGCGGUGGCUAAGCCCGCACCAAAGGUGGCAACCACAUCUCUUAAAGAUGCCAAGAACCAGGCAAUGGAGGAGUUCAAGAAGUGGCUCCACCGCGAGCUCUCGCGGGGCCUUAUUGGGGUCAAUGACAUCGAUCAAUUUGCCGCCACCUUGCUGGAGAUGCCUUUGGACCCGUCGAUCCUGUCUGAGGCUGUGUAUAGCUACAGCACGACCAUGGAUUGCCGCCAUUUUGCGGAUGAGUUUGUGCGCCGCAAGAAGCUUGCCGAUAAAGGUGUCAUUGAGAAGGAGCCGAUUAGCGCGUCCGCCAACGACCCCAAAAACAGCAGCAACGGGGGCUGGAACGAGGUGGCUAAGAAGGGCAGCAAUAAUGCUGCUAAGGAGGACACGAGCGUUCCUGGCUUCCGUGUUGUGCCGAGUAAGAAGAAUAAGGGCAAGAAAUAAGCGCUCUGAUGGAGUGGAGUGUUGGUUUGUCCCGGCUUCUGACCAGCUUCUGAUGAUGGAUUGGGAGCGUGAGAUCAUGGUUGUGGAUUGGCAGCUGUUGGAGAGUAGUGAGACUGCCAAGCGAGAGGCGGCUCAACAGCCGUCAAUCAACGCGGUAGAGAUAUGGGUCUGUAUGGAGAGUGUGUACUUGAAACUUGAGCUUGUAGUCUAGUGACGGCUAUAUAGUUGUAUGUGACAAAGCAACUUGUAGGGUG